CAUCGCGUUGCAUCUUAGCCUCACCUCAGAUCUCGCUCAACUGCUAGCUCCACCCCUCCUACCUCCCCACCUCGCCGUCGAGCACCCCGCGUUUGACUAACACCAUCCAGGCUUGAAUUGGUGUCCUGGGCGGUGGCGACGCGCCCAGCUACGUACCUAGUCCUCUGAAUUGGUCGCAGCUGUUCGACUUCAGUGCUUGGUCCAGCUGCUCUCAAGGGAUGGCCCGGAGCUCCAAGAAGGCUCUGUGCCGCCAUUGAGCUGCGCCUUCCUGCUGCCGAAUUCGUGGUUUUUUUCUGGAUUAUACUGUGGCGUUGUCUGAUGGGUUGCACGGGGUCCAGGCACGCACUGCGCGGCGGCGUCCGGGGUGGCGGCCGGUCGCCGUACGCGCGGAGCUGCUCCGGACCGAUCGCCGGGGGCGUGCACCACACCGUCGCGCUCAAGUCCUCCACGCUGGGGUCGCUCAGCCUGGACCGGGACGAGGAGAUGAUGAAGUGGCGCGACGAUGGCGGUGUCAGUGCGGCGAAGACGCCGCCGCCGAAGCAUCUGGUGAGGAGGCAGAGGCAAGUGCUGGGCUCGCCGGCCAAGACGCUGGUCCGCGAGCCUGAGGUGAUCAACGUGUGGGAGCUCAUGGACGGCCUCGAUGAUAAGGACGAGGAGGGCGACGCCGACAGCGAGGAGCGGCGGGAGAAGUCGGCGCCAGGAUCGCCUGAGUUUGAUCCGGACGUCAUCGCCGCGUUCCGGAAGGCGCUUGAUGAGAUAUCCCCGCCACAGGACGGCCCGGGCAACGACGAGGGCAUCAAGAAGCGUGACGGCACGGGCAGUGAGGAGGGCGUCAAGAAGCGCGAGAUACAGCGGUUCCCGGGCAUCGUGCGCGCGCGGGUCAGUGCGUUUCAGCAGAGGAUCGACGCGAAGCUCGCCAAGAUGGCGCCACCGCAGCCGCCGGCUCCCCCACCCCCGCCGGAUAGUGCCGGGAAGGUGGUGCUGUACCUGACCAGCCUCCGCGGCAUCCGCAAGACGUACGAGGACUGCUGGUCCACCAAGUCUAUCCUCCACGGCUACGGCGUGCGCGUCGACGAGCGCGACCUGUCGAUGCAUUCCGGGUUCAAGGACGAGCUCCACGCCGCGCUGGGCUCAGCGGGCAGGCUCCCGCAGGUGUUCGCGGACGGCAAGCACCUGGGCGGCGCCGAGGAGAUCCGCCGAAUGCACGAGGCCGGGGAGCUGUCCAAGGCACUGGAAGCCUGCGAGAUGGCGCCGCCGAGCAUCGCCGGCAAGGGCAUUGCGCUGGAGGCGUGCUCCGGCUGCGGCGGCGUGCGGUUUGUGCCAUGCGAGGAAUGCUCCGGGAGUUGCAAGGUGUUCCUCGAGGACGUGGGAAGCUUCCGGCGGUGCCCCGAGUGCAAUGAGAACGGGCUAGUGCGAUGUCCUCUCUGCUGCCUGUGAAAUCUCAGAUUUGCUGUGGGAUUUGUAGUGUGAUUUUGCGAGAUGCCCGAGGACUGUUCUUCGUUUGUAGUUCAGAUUUGUACAGAGAAAUUAUACAUCUGUUACUUUAGGACUGAUGAAGUAAUACAUUGGUUCUACUUGUGUUUUCUCUUUAUCUAGAGUUGGAUGUGUACAAGCAUGACCAGAAUCUAAAGGACUGAAAUACUAGCUCUCA